AUGGCUAGGAGACUAAGUCAUCAGAGGGUCACCUACGUCCUCCCUUUGCCUGAUGCUCCAGGCGGCCAUCGACUGGGGGUCAAUGGUUUGACCAUUGACUCUGAUAACUCGAUCCUCGACCAGUCCGGCGCACCCCCAUCGCCUACCACGUCGCAGUCAAGUCCUCCGAUCUCUGACCAUAGUUUCCGGAACAGGUAUUCUGCUGGUCGUGAUGGUGUUGUUUGCUCGUGGGAUCUCAAUUUGUCCCUUUCGAACCCCUCGUGGCCCUUGGCGGACUCUAAACCGCCGCCGACAACGUUCCGCAACCAAGUCCAAGCGCACAGCCACUGGAUCAACGACAUCGUCCUGACGCAGAACAAUUCUGCUUUGGUCUCCGCCUCCUCCGAUACCACGGUGAGAUUGUGGCGACCGCACUCCGACUCUACAGAAGUGCCGGAUCCCAUUGGCAAACAUGCCGAUUACGUGAAAGCCUUAGCUACGCCCGGAAGCCAUUCAAGUUGGGUGGCCUCGGGUGGCCUGGAUCAUAAGGUUUGCUUGUGGGAUCUGAACGGCGGCGGUGAUAUAUUGAAUAUUGAUGUCUGCGGCGAGGAUCGCACUGCAAAAGGCUCGGUCUAUGCGUUAGGUGCCGUUUCUUCGGUCCUUGCGAGUGGCGGGCCUGAAAGCGUGGUCAGGGUUUGGGAUCCGAAAUCCGGAAAAUUAAUCACCAAAUUUGUCGGUCAUACGGAUAAUAUUCGAGAUAUCCUGAUUAACCGGGACGGAGAUACGAUCAUGACGGCGUCGUCCGACGAAACAAUCAAGAUCUGGUCCCUGACGGCAGGAAGAUGUAUGCACACCCUGACGAUGCACAAUGACAGCGUCUGGUCGCUCUAUUCAAACCAUCCGCAAUUAUCCGUCUUCUACUCGAGCGACCGGUCCGGCCUGGUUGCCAAAACUGAUACCCGGCAGUCCCCAGAUAUUGAGCAGGGGAUUUCUAUCGCAGCACUGCAAGAGCACGAGGGCGUAGUAAAUGUUGUGGCUGCGGGUGAUUACAUCUGGACUGCGACUCCUAAGUCCAGUAUUAACCGAUGGAAUGAUAUUGACACCACGGCUGAGAUCGAAGCCCCUGUGCGAGAGCGCGAGGCUUCACCGGACAAAGGAAAAGAGUCUACGGUAAAACAACGGUUAACGAAGAUCCCGUAUGAGUCGGUCUUGCAACUCUCCAAUACUUCGACACUUCCCAAAUCCCGUGUCCCGGAGGGAGUGAUGUCUCGAUCUACUACAAAUGGACAGCCGCCAUCGUCGGAGUCAGACAUGGAAGACGAAUUGGGGCUUACGGUCCCCGUUUAUUCCUUGCCGGAUGACACGAUAGAGGGCCAGCAUGGAUUGAUUAAACAUUUCUUUUUGAACGACCGAAGACGAACAUUAACUCAGGACUCCGCCGGUGAGGUGGUCUUGUGGGAUCUUCUAAAGUGCGUACCGAUACAAUCAUUUGGUAAGCGCCAUAUGGACGAUGUCGCAUCUGAGAUCAACACGACUGAGAGUAUUGCUCACUGGUGCACAAUUGACAUCCGCACUGGACGGCUCUCCGUGAUAUUGGAACCAGGUCGUUGUUUCGAUGCCGAAGUCUACGCAGAUGAAGCGGAUCUGCCGGAGUACAGCCAGAUCCGUGAGGAUCAAAGGAUCAACCUGGGGAAGUGGAUCCUGCGGUGGCUUUUUGCCCCAUUGGUGGAAGAGGAGAUCCAACGAGACACUCAGUAUCGUGCAACCGCAAUAGCAAAAGCAGAAGAGCUUGCUAAACAGAGCAUGUCGAAUACAACUGCGCCGAUGGACAUUCCGUCCAUAGAAGGCUCUAGAAGCUUUAGCACAUCACUUGAUCCCUCAAUAUCAUCAUUGCGCCCUGGGUACGAUAUGCUGGGGAGCCCUACAAUGUCCGGGUUUGGAAUCGGGCUUGCCAGCAGUCCAGGGUCAAUGGCAGCACCGAUGUUUAAUCAGAAUGUUUCCCAUAACAACCAUUUCGGGACGUCUCCUGGAGACUUUUCCGACUAUAUGACGCUGCAGCAGACCGCAGAAGUUGCAAGAAACUCAAUGUCAGAUAAGUCUAGCGACUAUCUCUCAUCGCCCCGGAUGCAGGGUCUGCCUCCCCUGGAUACAGACAAAGCGUUGCCAACAUCCGGGGAGCCAACACCAACAGCCCUUCCUCAAUCGCCAUUAGAGCCUGAUAAGGAGGAACGCAAGAGAGGAGGCUCUCUGUUUAGCAAAAAGUUCCGAAUGGAUUUCCCAAAGAAACUGGGUAGGACUUCAUCAGAGGUCAAGCCGCAGAUCCAAGAGGAGAAGGUGGAAGAGUCCGAUAAGUCGUCGGUUAAAGAAGAGAAGGUGUUUGAAAGCAACCUCGGUGGCUUUAUUGAGCGCACUCAUCAUGAAUACGAAGAGUCGCUUGCUGCAAAUGCUUCACAGGAGGUGCCUUCAGCCUUUACGCCGAGUCAGGAGAGCGAAACACCCCUAUUAGCCAUUCCUCCUCACACAGCGAUAUUCAUCCAAGAAGAAUCCGGUGAAUCCGCUGUGGCGUCAGACUUGUAUCGCGGCAGUGUAGGCCGAAUCAGCCAGGAGAUCGACAAACUGGAGAAGUCAAUACCCCUGUGGCUUGCAGAGCUGCUACUUAAGAACCAGGUGCCCCUGAAAGAACCGGUCAAGAUAGCCUUCACUUUGAAGCCAUAUGAUGAUCUGCUGCCACCUGUAGUCAAGUCCGAUGUAGAUGCCGCCAAUGGCAAUGCGAACAACAAUUCUCGUCUGAAUGCCAACCGCAUGCUCCGAGCGAAGAAGAUCCUCGCCUACAUUGCGGAACGAAUCGACCCGCCUAGUACCGACGAACCGGAAAAAGACGUGAUGAAGCCAGAAGAGUACCUAGAGCUGUACUGCCAAAGGACGCUACUGCCUCUGAACAUGACACUUGCAACCAUGCGCGCACAUAUCUGGCGAUCGUCGGGUGAUAUGGUCCUUUACUACAAGGCUAAUGGGAAGAAGGAGAUCCGGGUGCCUGACGAGGGCAAAGAAGGCGAUCAGAACCUUCAGCCUCUUGAAUCUUGGCCAAGCGCACAACGGCUUGCUGAACCCAGCAGAGUGGCCAACGGGGAAGGUGGAAAUGCGCCCCCAGGGAGUAUCCAUUCUCUGACAGCUUCAGGGUCUGCAUCAGCCAUCAGCAAUUCUUGA